AUGGAGUUUCUCCGAAUCCUGCAGAAGGUAGCGGCUUCAAUGCAGAAGCAGACUGAUUUCAUACCGAGCUACCCGAAUCUUCCUUCCAAGCUUAUCUGUAUGCUCCAUAAUGUUACAUUGAAUGCUGAUCCCGAGACGGAUGAGGUCUAUGCUCAGAUGACUCUUCAGCCAGUAAACAAAUAUGACAGAGAUGCAUUGCUUGCCUCUGACAUGGGACUUAAGAUAAACAGGCAACCUAAUGAAUUUUUCUGCAAAACCCUCACGGCGAGUGACACAAGCACUCACGGUGGAUUUUCUGUACCCCGGCGAGCAGCUGAGAAGAUCUUUCCUGCUCUGGAUUUCUCGAUGCAACCACCUUGUCAGGAGCUUGUUGCUAAGGAUAUUCACGACAACACAUGGACUUUCAGACAUAUUUAUCGAGGUCAACCGAAAAGGCACCUGCUAACUACAGGCUGGAGUGUGUUUGUCAGCACGAAAAGGCUAUUUGCUGGAGACUCUGUUCUUUUUAUAAGAGAUGGAAAGGCGCAACUUCUGUUGGGUAUAAGACGUGCAAAUAGACAACAGCCUGCUCUCUCUUCGUCUGUAAUAUCAAGCGAUAGCAUGCACAUUGGAGUUCUUGCUGCUGCAGCUCAUGCUAAUGCUAAUAACAGUCCUUUCACCAUUUUCUACAACCCGAGGGCUGCUCCGGCUGAGUUUGUUGUUCCCUUAGCCAAGUAUACCAAAGCGAUGUACGCUCAGGUUUCCCUCGGUAUGCGAUUUAGGAUGAUAUUUGAGACAGAAGAAUGUGGAGUGCGUCGAUAUAUGGGUACAGUUACUGGUAUCAGUGAUCUUGAUCCAGUGAGAUGGAAAAGCUCUCAGUGGCGGAAUCUUCAGAUUGGAUGGGAUGAGUCAGCUGCUGGUGAUCGGCCCAGUCGAGUUUCAGUUUGGGACAUCGAACCGGUUUUAACUCCUUUCUACAUAUGCCCUCCUCCAUUUUUUCGACCUCGGUUUUCAGGGCAACCUGGAAUGCCAGAUGAUGAGAGUGACAUGGAGUCUGCGUUGAAGAGAGCAAUGCCAUGGCUUGAUAACAGCUUUGAGAUGAAAGACUCUUCGAGUACGAUAUUUCCUGGUCUGAGUUUAGUUCAGUGGAUGAACAUGCAGCAGCAGAACGGCCAGUUGCCCGCUUCUGCUGCUGCACAGUCAGGAUUCUUCCCGUCCAUGCUCUCUCCAACCGCUGCGCUGCACAACAAUCUUGGUGGCACCGAUGAUCCCUCCAAGUUACUGAGCUUUCAGACGCCACCAGGGGGGAUCUCCUCAUCAAACCUCCAAUUUAACAAAUCAAAUCCACAGGCCCCAAUGUCCCAGUUGCCUCAGCCACCAACUACCAGCGCAGCAGCUUCAGGCACAACAAGCAUCUAUGCAUCAUUUGCAACCACAGUUAGUUUCGGGAUCAAUGGCAAGCAGUGUCAUCGUGCCUCCGUCUAA